ACUAUUAAAUUUAGCAAUACCCAUUUUAAUAGUCGUGAACUACAAAACUUUAUUUGAAACAAUAAAAAUGGUGAAGUGAUUGCACAGUAAUGUUUUGUACUUUGUUUUUUAUAUUUAUUACACUCGGUCGUGAAAGUGAAACUUCUCUCAUUAGAGUUGACACUAGUGGUGUAUUUAAGAAAAUGGAGAGAGUGGCUCAUGGAUAUUUUAAUACAAUAAACCAGUUAUCAAAACAAUUUCCAAAUCACCAGAUAGAAUUGCAGAUCGAAUACUCUGGUCCAGUUACUAAGAAACCAAGUCCUUUGCCCUUCAGGCGAGGCAACGUGCGGGUGGUCAAAUAUCCGAAGAAAACAUGGCGCUCCGAUAAUAAUGACUCAAAUGCAAUAACAAUGACAACUGCUGCUCCUACAACGGCUACAACAACAACACUCUUCACAUCAGCAUCACAAAUCAAUGCAGUGCAAGAGCCCAACAAAUCUCCAAUUUAUCUCGAUGAUUUGAAGCAAGCAUUAGAUGAGUUCGAGAAGAAACUGGCAUCUCAUUCAGACUGCAGCGGUAAUCACCAGAAUACAGCAACUACAGCACAAAAGGGUUACUCACCACGUCCUAUCCAGGCCCACCGCAAUAUUCAAGAAAUCAUGCAAUUAAUAGGAAAAGGGGUAAAAGUGCAGUAUAAUGUCCCGAAGCCAACAGACGACGACCUGGAUUGGCUUCAGAUUAAAAUACCUAAUAGCUCUUGACCAAAUCUCAGUUUUCAUUACUUAAAGCUAAGCUAAUAUUAAAUACCUACACGAAAAUAUAA